GGUGUGUUCAUUCAUAAUCUUGUACGAUUCUUAAAAAUUGCCCAUUUUUUCAGCACCAUCUGCAUCUCCAUAGAAAUGUUAUGGGAAGGAAGUUCAUCGACAACCAUGCUGAAAAAUGGGGUCCUGUGCCAUGUGCUGAUCGCAAUGAAAUAUCACUAGUUAUGUGGGUGAUGUUGUAGAGAAAAUGGGAAGGAAAUGUUCCAUAUAAAAUACUACUGGAGUUGAUAGGGAGUUCACUAUCACAUGGAUUAGAACAAUCGACUGAGUAUGAGAUUAAAGUUGCUGCUUUCACUGUGGCCGUUGGACCGUUCACUAAUGAAAGCUUGUUUGCAAGCACCACAGACUCACCCAACAUUGUAGUGACAACCACUGAAGCAUCUCCUCCUACCACAGCAGAUACUAGAGAAGGUGGCAGUGAUGUUGGUGGAGUAGUGGCUGGUGUGAUAGUGUCUGUUCUGCUUUUUAUUGGAGCUACUCUGGGCAUCCUUGCUACUAUCUGGCUAAUGAGAAGGAAAAAGACUAUGAAGGGUCUUUUCUCAAUCAGUCACUUUAAAGUCACCAGCAAACAAAGCACCUUGCCUCACUCUAGAGACACACGAGAUAUUUCUCUGGAGCAGCUUUCCACUGGAGAGAGUCUGGCGGUUGGGGAGCUAUCCUCUGAGAAAGAUGAAGUCAAAACACACUUUCAGUCUCAUUCUGACAGUCUCUCACAACAGCCAGCUACAGUUCAACCUAUACCCUAUCUCUCCUAUCUAGCUGAUGAGGAGGUAGAGGAAAAGGAGGAGGAAGAGGCUGAUCCUGUCCCCAAGCCUUCAGGUAAGUUCAUGCAAGACCAGUACUCUGCC